GAUCGGGCACAGUGCCGGGGCUUUACAUGUCUGCGAGUCGCCGCCGAAGAAUGGCCGGGAAUGUGAGCCAUGUCGCCGGGAAUGUCCACCGACGAUCAAACCUCGUUGUAAGUUCGACUUGUCAGCGGAGCGUCGGCGUGCAAACGAGACCGGACGCCGCGACGCUCUGACGCGGGCCAAGUCCCCGAUGAACGAGCGCUCGAUGAGAAGAGUGUGAUUUGGCUUGACUCGCGAAAUCUCAAUUGCAAUCCUUCCGCAGUUGCGGCAAAUCGGAAGGCUAGGAGAGGACGGGAAAGCGGUUUUCCCGGAUCCAGGGAGCAUCCAAUAAGUUCCCCAUUGCUGCUGCAAUCAAGUGUCCAUCCAUGAUUCAGAGUACACACAGAAGACUCUUUGUACAGAUUUGAAUUCUGCAUCACCAGUGAGCUAGAACUGCGACCUCGCUUUGUGGCCAUAAUCAUGGAGGUUCUGCGGGAUCAGAUGACUGCGCUUCUUGAGCAGGGCCUGUAUGAUUCUGCUGAAAUACUUGGUGGUUUCUUGAUGUCUGCAACAGCAUCCAAUAGUGACUUGCCCCCCAGUACCCGAGCAGAAAAUAUGGUACUACUCGCAGAUGCCCUUUAUGGAAGGAAAGAAUACAGACGAGCUUUGAAUUUAUACAGACAAGCCGUCCAGCAGUGUAGAGUAACACCCAAGCAGACCGUUAGCGGAGGUAGGAGCUCUGUUCAAGCUACUAGCAGGCCUCCAUCCGUCAACUCUUUGCAUGCUUCUACCAUUAACGAAAAUGAGGUGAAGUAUAAAAUAGGUUUAUGUCAUCUUGCAGUUCAUGAUACAAGGGCUGCACUUUCCGAGAUGGAGGGCAUUCCUCCGAAAGCUAGAAAUCUUAAAAUCAACUUAACUCUAGCAAAGUUAUACCGUUCAACUGGUUACGAUCGAGCUGCCACUGCAGCCUACAAAGAGUGUCUAAGGAUAUCUCCCUAUGUCCUCGAAGCUGUUAUUGCCUUAGCAGAAUUAGGAGUAGCAGCGAAGGAGCUUCAUUCUUUACUUCCUCAGGUUGGUGUGCGUAAGAUGUCCUCUACAUUUGGACACGUGCUGAGUACACGAAAGGUACAGCCUAAAAGUAUUCGAUCACCUGUAGAUCCUUUUGAACCCGUUCGGUGGUUUCAGCGGCUGGCUGAUGGACAUUGCAGUGUUUACGGACAUAAUUACAAAGAGGCCCUGGAACAUUUCAACUAUCUUGGGCAGAAGUUUCCCAACAACGUCCAUGUGCUUCUGGAGACAGCUAAGGCAGAGGCAGCCAUGGGUAGAAAUGACGAAGCCGUUCACAACUUUGAGAAGGCUCGACAGGCAGAUCAAUAUAACAUCUCAAGCAUGGAUGAAUAUGCUAUGCUUCUUAGGACAAGGUCCAAUCAGGUUGAGCUGAACAGAUUGGUUCACGACUUGCUGAACAUAGAUCCUGCAAGACCUGAGGUGUGGGUGGCGUCAGCAGUUUAUUGGGAAUUGCGUGAUGACAGAGUGCGCGCUCUUACGUAUACAGACAAGGCUAUGCGUAUAGAUGAACGCCUCACUUCUGCACAUCUAGUUAAGGGCAAUUUGUCGUUGUCACUUAAUCGUUCUGAAGUAGCUGUCAUGGCAUUUCGGAAAGCCCAGUCUUUACGGACAGAUUUACGUGCAUAUCAAGGUCUUGUUCGAGCUCACCUGGCCAACUCAAAACAUAAGGAAGCCCUUUGUGCUGCACGAGAAGCUAUGAAGGCAAUGCCGCACUCAGCGAAAGCCCUCACUCUUGUAGGUGAUGUUUAUGCUCAAAAUUCCGAAGGCAGAGACAAGGGUCGGAAGUUUUACGAGUCUGCUCUGCGUCAGGAGCCAGGUUACCUCGGGGCUGUUUUGUCCCUUGCAGAUCUGCAUGGUGCGGAGGGUAGGAAUGACGAGGCUAUAGCGCUGCUACAACGGUACUUGAAAACUUGGGCUGAUGAUUCCUUGCACACCAAACUUGCGCAGAUACUGGCCGCCUCGAAUAAAUUGGGGGAAUCUCUUUCGCACUAUCAAACUGCGUUGAGCAUCAAUCCGUUAAAUGAGGCAGCUAAGAAGGGUUUGGAACGUUUGGAGAAGCAAAUGAAGGGAGUAGACCCCGACGCCCUGGAUGAAGAAGAGGAUAAUGAAGGGGAGGAUGCUGAUGCAGACGCUGAGGAAGGAGAAUUUUUGUAGGAUUUGUAGCAUGUCAUCUUUCUGAAAUUAGAUGGACUUCUCCAGAAGCGCUGGAGAAUGUCCAACCAAUCGAGAUGUAAAUAUGAUUCAAUAGUAGAAGAAGGGUGUACAAUUUUUGUAUCAAGUAUGUCUAAAUACCUCAAAGAGUGAUUUGUAAGAAUAGAUUUACAGAGUUGUUGAUUGAAGAAUAACUUCUGAAGAAAAAAAUCCGGCAAAGACCUCGUGUGGUCUGCAUAACGUUGCAAUCUUUUUCAGCACUAAAGUCAGCCCCCAUCUGUACGAGCAGCUAUGGAUGCGAGGCCGAAAUUCCUCAGUUGUGAUCGG